UCGAACGGGGCUAACAAGGGGCAUGCGCCGAGUUGCGCUGUCCUCUGCCCCCGCUAUGGGGGAGAGAGCGGCGAUGGCGAUUCUUCUCCGCCUCUGCGUCGCCGUCUUCUGCUUGUUGUUCCCCGCUGUUGUUUCCGCUGCUAACCUGACUCCAGUCCCGUACGCGAUGGCGUCGCAGUCGCGCCCAUCAUCCGCGAGGGACGAUGGACCCAACGGCGUCAGCGAUGGCGCUGAUUUCUAUUGCUUCCGGGAUUACAAGAGGUGUAGGAGCGGCAUCAAGCAAUGCAUCAAGCCGGAGCAGGAGUGCGACGGUGUGCACAACUGCUAUGACGGUUCGGAUGAGGGGCAUUUCUGCGAGUCGUUCGACUGCGUAGGGACAAAUAGGUACGAGUGUCCGAGCGGAAAGCUGUGCAUGAACGUAAGCGACGGGUCUGGGGGGUUGAGGUACAUCCACAGGGAUCCGUACACGGCAUACUUGUGCGACGGGGUGAAGGACUGUGCAGACGGCUCCGACGAAGACGAGAGGUUCUGCGCUUCGUACGACUGUGUGAGCGACGUGCCGCACAAAGGGUUCCCGUUGACCCUCCUCGGCCCUCCGCCCACAAGCCGCCGACUGCGCUGCCCGGCGGGGGGAAAGGCCAGGUGUGUGUACGAGUCGCAGCUGUGCGACGGCGUCGUCAACUGCGCCGGUGGCGGGGGGAGCGGCGGCGGCAGAUGGGGGAGCGAGAGCGAGGAAACUGACGACUUCUGCAAGAAGCACGGGUGUUCUUCCGCCUACCUCCGCGAUCUGUUUCAGUGUGGGAGCGGCAGGUGCAUUAACCGACAGCGGAUGUGUGAUGGCAAGCAAGAUUGCCCCCACGGCGACGACGAGGGAGCGUUUUGUGAGCAGAUUGCCUGUCCUGAUGGAGGCAUCAAGUGCGAGGGGGGAGACAACCGAACGUGCAUCCGGGCGACGCAACUGUGCGACGGAGUGGGAGACUGUCCCGGCGCAACUGACGAGGCCGACUGUGCGACGAAAGACUGCAGACAAGGGCAGAAGUGUCCGAGCGGAAAGGAGUGCGCUUUCCUCACUCUGUGCGACGGUGUGAAGGACUGUAACGACGGAUCAGACGAGGACGAGAACUUUUGUAGAAACUUCAACUGCAGCUCCGUUGACGGGCGGAUUAAAUGCAAAGACGGCGCGCAGUGCAUCUGGCCAGGAGAUGUGUGCGACGGCCGCAAGAACUGCCGCGACUUGUCGGACGAAGAUCCCGACUCCUGCCGGAAGCACGACUGUUCUGAGGCUGGGAUCGGUACCAUAACCUGCCCGGGGGGGAAGUAUGUCUGGUGCGUGUAUCCUAGUCUGAUGUGUGAUGGGUACAGUGAUGGGUGCUACCUCGACGCGGACGAGAACCCAGCGUUCUGUGCGUUGAAGACGACGCGCGACCUGCUUGAUGACUUCAACAGAGUCAGCUGUAAGAGCAACGAGACCAAGUACGUCUUCGGCGAUUACUGCGACGGGAAAGCUGAUUGUGAGGACGGCAGUGAUGAAGGGCAUGGCUUCUGCAGACUGUACACGUGUCGCAAAGACAGAGUGAAGUGCUAUGGCAAAUGGAGGUGGGUGGAGAUCCUGCAUCAUAGUGCCACAACGAGGGUGCAGGAAGGUGGACGAAGCGUAAGUGGUAAGGCAGUUCUGCAUACAAGUAGGAUGAACAACACGAACAACAUGAAUAACGGGAACAUGAAUGGGAACGGGGGAAGGGGGAUUGACAUUCAGUGCUAUGAUUGCGGGAAGACCGACCAUAUGGCCCGUGAUUGUUGGUCACGACGUGGUAGAGGCUAUCAACAAGAUAAUGAGGUACGGACUUUUGUUAGAGAAAUGAUGAAGGAAAAGGAGGAGGAACGUGAGAGGAGGCAGAGGGAUGAGCAACAGAGGAUGAAAGAAGAGGAAGAACGCAAACGCGAGUUGCAUCUUGCUCGACGAACGGAAGAGAUGAGGCUUCUCUUGGAAGCUAGCAUUGCGGAAAAAUGGCGCGAGCAAAGAAGGGUAGUCGAAGAACAAGCAGAGAAGAUUACAUCCAGACAAGACAGUAAGAAGCUUCGUCCGAAGCAAGUGACUUCGAAGCGGACAAGCCCAAAGAUUUCGAAGAAGACCAAGAUCGUCAAAAAGAAGAAGAAAACCGCCAAGAAGUACUCUAAGACGAAGAGGAUCUCCGAGAGCGAAUCGGGAACUACAUCGGACAUUUCCCUCUCCGAAUACUCGGCAUCAGACGAAUCAAGCGAAGAUACGGAAGAUGAGACAAAGCUACGACUUCGAAGAAGGCGAGAGACGAAACGAAAAAAGAAGAAGAGGAAGAACACUGGGGAUGGAACAAGACGGUUCGGCAGUGCGUCGACGUACGAACGUGGAGAAUGCUCCAAGAGACCAUGCACACCCACCAUGGCCACUCCGAAGACCAAGUCGCCUAUGACUGAUGGGUUUAAGGGUAUCGCAGCUGGGUGCUCACAACAAGGAUUAAUGGAGUAUACCAUGUCAGUCAUGAAGGAGCUAUCAAAGAAGCGAGUGGCAGAGCUCAAGAGGUUGUGCGAUAAGCAAGGCAUUCGGACCGUUAUUGACGUUGUCUUCCAGCUACUGAGACACUUUGAGAACGCCGAAUGGAAGCAGGUACGUGUGGCUGUUAGAGGCAAACUUUGCACCCUCUCCAAGACCAACCGCACAAAAUUAGGUUAUGUAUCAGUCAAACUAAAGACCCUUCUCACGCUGGUAAUGUUUGACUUAGAUCAUGCCUAUAUGAUGUGCGGGGACAAGGUUAAAAGACAGGUCGUAGGAAUCCCUAUGGGGAAGACCACGAGUCCUGUCCUUGCCACUAUCACGUGCGCCAUGGCCGAGCUACAGUUCCUAUCAAGUUUGGGAGCAGAGAAGAACCUAGUACACGGAUGGAGGAUGGUUGACGACGUCACAAUCAUUAUCGGUUGUGCGAACGACACGUCUCGGCACAGAGCUUCGGAGAUACUUGACAGUUUCGACUCAUGCUACAACAAGAGUCUGAAACUCGUACGGAAAGACGAAGGCCUGGACUUCUGGCCUUUCAUCGGCGGGACUUUCUACGUACUGACUGAACCUCUGCAACUGCAUUUUGUGCCAGGAACCAAGAACAUGGCUACAUUGGGACUAGGAAGGACUCUCAAAUACCAGACUAUGCAAGAUUUUGAGAGCUAUUCGGAUAAGAAGACCAAGAAGGUUACGCUACUGGCCACUCUGAAGAGGCUUUGGUCUGCUACAACUUCUAAGGCACUAAGUAUUAACGUAGUGGCUUACUCUAUUGCUGAAAGUUUCCUCCGGGGUUAUCCCCCAGAGGUCACUCUCGGGGCUUUGGCCAAAUUGGCCAAAGCUACCGGGGACAGACUUAUCCAAGGGCUACUGGAGAAUUUCCUACUCGUACACCGUCUACGACGCGGAGUGAUUCUCAAUCCCGAGGCUCGGUGGGCACAGUACCCUCACCCGCGGGGGACAGUCCCUGGUCAGACAACUACGGGUAGCCACGGGAUGAAGACAACAGUUUCCGGAGUUUCACAGGAACUCAACUGCCCUGGUCAGAACUGACACUUGGAAGAUCAAGGCAUCUUUCCCGAGCUACAGGACG